AUGCUAUUCAAGAAGUCUGCAAUCAUGGCUAACCUAGCGUAUUCCCACCCCCGCAACUACGGCAAAGACUCGCGUCACUGCCGUGUUUGCAAAACCACCCGUGGUCUGAUCCGCAAGUAUAACCUAAACAUGUGCCGCCGUUGCUUUCGCGAGCGUGCCACGGACAUUGGCUUUGUGAAGUACCGAGGGAAACAGACUGCCGGAGAGGUGCAUCCUCUUUUCUCUGGUCAUGUAGAAAAUCGCAACGGAGUGCCUUAUGCCGUGCCGAACUAA